UGUUUCGAUGAACAUCUAAUGUCCUAUUAGAGUUUCUCCUGAUCUCCCCGUUACGAUAAUCACCAAAACCGGCGACAUCAUCGCCAGCACCUUUUUUUUUACCGGUUAUCUGGUCUGGGCAUUACCAGGUGCUGGAUGCUCCUUGGUGUCACAUUAAAUAGUGGACUACUUUUUUAAUACUGCAUGGUGUUGCCAUUCCUUCAUUUCUUAUAUUUCCCAAUUUCCUUACCAAAUUUGACUCGGCAUUCGCUGCGCGAUCAAGCCAGUCCCAACCCUUUGUUAUUUUUUCCCCAUAUCGAUAACAGCGGAGCCUCUUGCUUUGUUUCCGUGAUAUCUCCCAAACGCUUCGCGGUACGAUAUGACAACCAUUUGUACAACGCCCAAUUCCCCACCCGAGCUAUCCGGUUCCAAGUCCUCCAAAUCCUCCUCCUUCCGCUCCUCCUCCCAACUCGACGGCCCUGACGGGAUCUUCACGGAUAUAUCCAACUUUGAAGACAUCGGCCUCGAAGACGAUGCGGACCUAGCCUAUAACAAUGCUGUCGCUUCGCCGUAUGGGCGACCUGGUCUUCCACGGUCAUCGACGGCCCGAUUGCAGGCAAAGACCCCGAUGAUCACAACGCGGGAACUGACCACUGCCUCACAACAAACGAAGAGCUUGCAUAAGCCUCACGCCCAAGCUAAUGGAAUACUGGGUCUGCAGACACGCGGUAGCUCUAGACCGAAGUCUGGGAACAAGCGUGACUCCGGUAACACCAAGUCGCAGCCAUUGCAAACACCGAAAUCUCAGCGUGCACGAUCUACAUCUCCUCUUCGGCCGACGUCUCAUCUGGGAUCAUCACCAUCUACUCAUAGCUUGUCGCUGUCGCCGGCUAAUGCUCGGCCCACUCUGAACCGAAAACAGUCCUGGCAGCCACAUCGGAAGACCUUGAAAGAAUUAGAGGAAGAAUACCAUGACUCGGAUGAGGAAUUACCAGAAGAUGCGAGUCUGUGGAAUGUUCCUAUAUCGCCUCGACCGCUUGAAGACCGUUCUACCUCUCGAAGCGCGAGCCCAAACGGCCGGAGCCCAGGACCUCGGCCGCUUCCCUUGUCGCAUUCCGUUAAGGACGCUCAAUUACCGGCUGCAAGAUCACCAAGCAGAUCCCAACGCGCUCGGCCACCCGUGCGAUCCAGCUCUGCUGGCCCUGAACGCGGUCAGAUCUCCCCGCGGAAUCCCCGUGUUUAUUCAUAUAAUAGCAUGAUGUCCGAUUUAUCGGAAGAAGCAAAGAUCAUAACCGAGGCUUUAGAGCAUCAUGCAGAUGAGCGCGAACGGAAGCGGGGAGAGAAUCUGCAAAGCGGUUUAUCCUCCCUAAGGUCAAGCGAGGACUCAAAGCGAGGGUCUAGGGGCACUAUUGAGCUGCCCCCACUUCAAAAAUCCAAUAUAAUGAUAGAUCCCUUACCCAUCAGCAAGGAAAAGGAGAAGGUUCUGACGCGAACGCGGCCUAGCUGGCUUCCUCCCAAAGACCAGAAAGAAGAGAAGAAGCACCUGAAGGAGUAUAAGAGAAUGAUGGCACUAUCACGGGAAGCAGACAAACGUCGGGCCGCCAAGGCUGCUUCGGCCAAGUGCGAAAAGGACAACACUCGAGAAACGCUUCAGCGUAUCUGGGACGAUUAUGUAUACACCAACUGGGAUCAAGCCAUGAGUGAAACCCGAACACGUGAAUUGUGGUGGCGUGGUGUACCUGCGCGCAACAGAGGAACAACCUGGCAGCGUGCCAUCGGCAAUGAGCUGUCUUUAUCGGAGGAAACGUACAAGAAAGCAUUGCAGCGGGCCAAAGAUGUCCUGUCAAGGCCCGACAGUGAUGCUGGAGAGAGCAACAAAAGAAUGCGAGAGUGGUUUGAGGCAAUUGAAGCCGACGCAUCUAAAGCAUUUCCGGAAUUGAGACUCUUCCAGGAAGGCGGACCUUUACGGGAGACAUUGAUUGAUGUGUUGCAGGCGUACUCCAUGUAUCGGAGUGAUGUGGGCUAUAUUAAUGGCCUCCACACAAUUGCUGCUCUUCUCGUUCUUCAAUUCCCAACCCCUUCAUCUGCGUUCCUAGCCAUGGCUAAUGCACUCAAUCGGUCUCUGCCUGUUGCUUUUCUUACCUUAGACCGCGGAGCAAUCGGUCGUACUUUUUCACUAGCGGCCGCGAUGCUCCGUUAUAAAUUCCCUCGUCUAGCCACUCACCUUUCGGAAACGCUUCAACUUUCGGAUGCAGAAAUUUGGGAACCAAUGUUCCGCUCUCUCCUGACAAAUGGUCUAGACUUGGACCGUGUCAGCCGUGUUUGGGACUGCUGGGUAUUCGAGGGAGAUCGCAUUAUGAUCCGCGCUGCAGUCGCAGUUCUUGGUUGCCUGCAGCCGCAGCUGUUUGGAUUUAACAAACCGGACGACGAGACUCGUGCUAUGGUUAGAGAUAUCCUUGGAGGGGGCCCCCGCAGUGCCGGAGCCAAGCCCAGGGAGCGUCACAGUGCUCCUGAACCAUCGGCAUCGGGCUUCGGCGGUGGUCAAUUUACCAAUGCCGGCGUUGGUGACUACUGGAUACUGACGGCCGCCGGUGAUGAAGAUGGAUUUAUGAACGAAGUUAGGGAAGCGGGCAAAGUGCGGAACUAGGAGUUUGGGCAGUUG